AUGGGUUUCUCCACCGGCCCUCUAGAUCCAUCGGCCUACUCAAUCAACACAUUCGCCUCCGACAUUGAGACCCUCCUCCCGAAACUCUUCAUCCAAGAUUUCAUCAUAGUAGGGCACUCUAUGGGCCGGAAAGUAGCACAGCUCAUAGCAGGACGAAAUCGAUUCCCUAGACUUAAAGGUGUCAUCCUCGUCGCGCCUGCUCCACCAACACCGCUUGAGCUGCCCAAGGAGAUGAGAGAGCAGCAAAGGACUGCAUAUUGUACUGCUGAGUCCGCCGAGUUUGCUGUACGAAAUGUGCUCUGCUCUUGUAAUCCUCCACUGCCUGACAGUACAGUCAUUUUACUCGUAAAAGAUAUUUUCAAGGGCAGUAUAUUCGCGAGAGAGGCAUGGCCAAGUUAUGGGAUGGCAGAAGAUAUUGUGGCUGCAGCGAGGAAUAUAGACGUGCCUGUUCUUGUGGUUGCCGGAAGUCUGGAUCGAGUGGAACCGAUUGAGAGGUUGAGGAGCGAGGUAUUUGGGAACAUCAAGGGAGCGAUUGUGGUUGUUGUGGAAGGGUCCGGUCAUCUCUUGAUGGUAGAGAGACCAGGGGUGGUGGCGGGUUAUGUGGAGAGGUUCUCGGAGCAAGUUACUGCUAGGAUAGAUGUGAGAUAUGUAUGUAGAGCAGGAUAG